AUGAAUGUAUUCUUCGAUGAAGAAAAAUUGGAAAAAGGGGAGCAAUUUGCGGGACAACUUACCCAAGCAAUUGAAGUCUCAAAUCUCUCGAUAAUCAUUUUGUCUGCCGACUAUGCUUCUUCGGAUGUAUGCUUAGCCGAACUCUCCCACAUCAUGGCCCUCACGCGCAAUCAAGGGCAUAUUGUUCUUCCCAUCUUCUUCCAUGUUGAUCCCUCCGAUGUGAAAAUCUACGUGGUAGUUUCAAAAAAACCUUUGAUAAUCAUGAAUCAAACGAAAAACUUGAUCAAAUAUAUUUUUGUUUUGAUUAUUUGCAACCUGAAGCCGAGCACAUCAAGCAUUGUUGGAUAUGCUAUACAAAAGUUGAUGAAGCAUCAAGUUUUCUUGAGCUUUGGUGACGACACGCGCCUCAACUUCAGCAGUCAUCUUCUCAAAGCUUUGGAAGACACGGGAAUAAAUGUCGUCUCCGAUAAGGCGGAGAUUGAAAUCUCUCAGGCAGUUGCAGCCUCAAAUCUCUCAAUAAUCGUUUUAUCUAAAGACUAUGCUUCUUCGGAAUCAUGCUUAACCCAACUCUCUGCCAUCAUGAGCACUGAAAAACAUAUUGUUCUGCCCAUCUUUUACCACGUUAAACCUUCUGAUGUGGAGAAUCUCAGUGUGAGUUUCAAAGCUUCCUUUGAUCACCAUGAAUCAAAUGGGCUACUGCAAGUGCAACAGUGGAAAAAGGACUUCGCUGAAUUGAACCGCCAGUCUAAAAGCGUUUCUGAUGAUUUGGUUGGAAUAGAUGAUCAGAAAGAAACGAUUUUGAGGCUGAUUGAACAAGAAGACAGUCGUGUAAUAGGACUUUGGGGGAUGGGUGGUAUUGGCAAAACCACCCUUGCUGAUGCUCUUUUGAAUCCUCCUCCUGAUUUUCGAGAUCUAUCGAACAAGUUUUUGCGGUACUCCCAAGGCAAUCCACUUGCUCUUAAAGUUUUGGGUUCUAAUCUUCGCACAAAGUCUAAAGAAGAGUGGGAAAGUGAGGUGGACAAGCUCAAGGAAUGUGCGGAACCAAAAUUUGAACUUAUUUUCAAGAGUAGCUUUGAUGGGUUGGACGAGAUAAGUAAGAAUAUAUUUCUUGACGUAGCAUGUUUCUUGAAAGGGAAUCUCAAGGAAGAUGUAGAAGAAAUUAUAAAUUGCUUAUAUAAGGGUGCAGCGAGUGGAAUAAGCAAAUUGCUCGACAAGUCUCUACUUCAUACUACUGAUUCUUCUAGAGAAAUUUCUAUGCAUGAUAUGCUUGAAGAUCUCGGUAAGGACAUUGCUCGACAAGGAUCUAAUGACCCGGGAAAGUACAGAAGGGAAAUGAAUCAAUUGAAGGAAUAG